CAACAUUUGGAUGUACUACUACCAGAGUCUACAAGUUGCGGAUACGAAAUAUUCAAUGGCUUCCAAAUCAAUCUCAAUGCAGACCGCCACUGGCGCAAAUCUGGGGCAAGAUGUCAAGCCAGCAGGUCAAGCUGCUGCCAACGUCAAGCCAUGCUGUGUAUGCAAAGACGAGAAAGCUUUCCGAGACGAAUGCAUGCUCUUCAGCAAUGCCAAAGAUCCCCAAAAAGACUGCGCUUCAACAAUCGAUAAAUAUAAGAGUUGUAUGGCAGGCUUUGGAUUUCAGCUUCCUUAGCGAAUCUUGGGGCUGGAAGAAUUGUACUGAGAAGCAAUUAGACUUGUACAAUACAAACUGGGGCGUUGCAUUGCUACGGCGCAUUGGGAUUUAGGUGGAGAUUUUGGGAUCAGGGAAUCACAACUCUUGAAAAGAUCACAGGAUCUGAAGGAUAUCAAAGCUUUGAGAUCAUCGUUAUUUCACGGGUCUACUAUAUGCCCAUGCAAGGUGAAAUCCAGCGUUCAUAGGUCCAUCCUUAAAUGCCCAAUCUUGGCCGAACUCUCCGGACGCCCUAUUUUGGAAAAUGCCGUGUCGAAAAAAUUGGUAUCAUAGCCCAGCAAGUACACUCUGGAUUCCUACACUUCCUGAAUCAUCUCUUCUCAUCACGAAUGCCCUGAAAUCAGUCUUCUGCAGCUUCUUUCCAGCACCGCCUGGUGCAAAAUUGCGUGACCUCUCACGAAGAGCUUCUGGCCCAAUGAUGAAAAUGUUGCCAAUUUCGCUCAAUAUCUCCACACC